UUCUAUUUCCAACCACUUGAGGCGCUCGUACAAUUUAGAGAGACUCCCCCCAUAAAAGGUUGCGUGUUGCGUGGUUAGACGGUGUUGCUUUUCGCUUCCCUUGCCAUUUGCCCCCCGAGAGAUCUGUAAACAGUGGGGUUGCAGAGCCAUAGCUGAACUAGAUUGGAGUUGUUGUGGUACUUUACAUUAUGCCUAAAAAGAAAAAGAAUGGACAGAGUCUAGGGCGGGUUCCUGGACAACUAAACUGUUCCUGGAGCAACACGGAUAGUCGUGCAUACGACCUCAGUGUUGCUUACCAAGAUGAAACAAACAGAAAUAACUCGGAGUACAACCCAGUGUCCAAUGCAUUGACUUUGUCCGAUAGAGAACACAUCAUGAAAAAUAUGGAGGAGGUCUUUUCGCAUUUGGACCCCGAGGUUAUACACAUGGUGCUGACGGAAUGUGAUUUCAAUAUGGAGAAUGCCAUGGACUCCCUUUUGGAGCUUUCCAAUGCUGCUAAAGGUCCACCAUCCUUGCCAACCCCGGUCUCUGGUUUUGAAAUUGCUGCAGCUCUUUUAAAUUCGGAUACACCCCAGUCACCCAUGACAUCAGCAAAUUACAUUUCUUCAGCUAGCCAUCUUUCUCAGUCAGAGCCACCUUUUGUGUCUACGUCUAAGCCUCCCUCCUGUCCUUUGGAAGUUCAGUCUCCAGUUCGACAAGCUCUGCUGAGUAACCCGGGUGUUGUGUCUGUUGAUGAGCAACGUCAAAUAUCCAGCCCCAUGCAGAAACAGGCCGGUGAAGGGAAUUCUCCAGUGGGGGAGCUAAGCUUUGCUGGCGGGUCUACACCGGUAAAACAAAAUGAUCGACUUGACUUCAGUCACCUACUUGAUACGCCAGUUGGUCUUGGUGGCAGUGGAUCAGCCUUCCAGGCAUAUCGUAGAGCGGACCAACCUCCUGCAGCCAGAGCGGCAUGGAACAUUUCAGCACCAGUGUUCCAACCACGAUUUGUGGGCCCAUCCUUCAUCACACCAGUGGCGUUACACCCCACCCAUGUUGCCCAGUGGCCAGUAUAUGGGUCAGUCAGCCAGGCCCCUCUAAAACCUACGGCGACCAUCCCCACCUCAUGGGCUGUACAACAACCCAGUAUGUCUAGUAGCAAACCCACAACUUCUACCUCCUACCACGGGCUACACUUUCAAGGGAGGGUUUUAGUGCUACUUAGAGGAGCUCCAGGAUCUGGCAAAUCAACAUUAGCUAGGAGAAUGCUUGAACACAACCCUGGAAGUGCGUCUUUAAGCACAGAUGAAUACUUCUGUCGUCAUGGAGAUUAUCGCUAUGAUCCAUCGGAACUGUCAGCAGCCCAUGAGUGGAACCAGAAAAGAGCCAAAGGUUGCAUGGAGAGGGGUGAAAGUCCAGUUAUUAUUGAUAACACUAAUAUGCAGACUUGGGAGAUGAAACCCUAUGUGGCCAUGGCAUUGAAGCAUAAAUACAAAGUUGUGUUCCGAGAGCCAGACACGUGGUGGAAAUACAAACCCAGGGAGUUGGAGAAACACACAAAGCAUGGGGUGAGCCGAGAGAAGAUCCGGCGCAUGCUGGAUAGUUAUGAUCGCCAUGUUUCUGUCAACUCCAUAAUGGGCUCAACUCGUCCCAGCCUGCACACUGAUCUUCCUGUGACAUCUGAGCUUCCAAAACCUGACCUGCUGGGACCUGCUCCUGCCAGUUCUCUCCCAGAUGUGUCAUCUGUACCUGUGCAGAGUGUUUUUGGGGGACAGCCACCAGAGCUGCUGGACUGUGUGGAUCUUUAUCAGGACCCACAGGAAGUGAAUGAGCGGUUAUUGUUGGAACCAGACUUGCCAUUAUCUCAGUCCAUUGCUCAAAGGGAGAAGAGGGACAGGGUUAGAGGCAGGCACCUAACUGAUACACUCGCUAAUACUAAUGAUAAACCGAUCACAGCUUGCUCAGAGAAUAGGGCUGAGGAGGGCAGUCAGUGUGCAAACAGUAAUUUAGAGGACUUGGCUACUGGUGCUGAAGAGGCUUCAAAUGGAGAUGGAGCCCAGCGAGUUCCACUAACGUUUGUAGGAGACUGGCCCUGUGAGAGCCAAGAGCCUCAAGACCAGCGCGCUAGCAACCGCAGGCGUGUAAGGGACGAUAUACCUAGCCAUGGUAUUAGCACUGAGGGGAAGAAAGGUGAGGGUGGGCCAGAUUUCUCAGAGUUUCAGAAGCUGUUGAAUUUGCUCCAGGGUGACACAGAGGUUACAGAUCAGAUACAGCUCUCUGACAGUGAGGAGGAGAACAGUCUAAGCUCAGGGCCGAACAGUCAGCCACCGUCACCCAGCAGCCAUACAGAAGACGAUAAUUGUGUCUUGAUGUCUAAUAGCGAAAAAGACGAGGAAGAAGCUAUGGAUGGAGUGGUAGACAGAGAUAAGAACAUUGAUGAAGAAGUCGGCAAAAAAGAAGACCUGGAACAUAAUGUAGAAGCAGAAUGGUGUAGUGAAAAAGAAAGUAAGGUUGAAUUAGAGAAAGGGGGUGAGAAAAAAGAUUUGGCGGUACAGAAUGAUGGAGAAGGUGCAAGCGGCUUUCACAUGUUGGGAAAAAGGAGACUGAACCAGCGGGCAUCUAAAUCAUGCAGAUUGGCACUCACAUUCACCAAUCAGACACCCUCGACAUUCUCGGCCCACCAUCUUCAACCAGUCCCUCCACCACAACAAAAGAGUCCAACCCAAGACGUGCGUGUAGAAUCUGAUCCAUCUUGCUCUGUCUCCACACAGACGGAACCUCAUGACCUGGCUCUCCUCUGGCGCUUGGAGCAUAUGGGCUUCUGGGAAGGUUCUGGUGAGAAAAUCCUUCUAGGAAAUGCAUCACACUUUGUUCCUGCUGUCUCCGACGGAGUGAGUGUGAGCCCUGUCCACCGUGUUACGCAUGAGCGUGGAGCCCAGGUGGAGGAGGAGGAAUUAAUGGAAGAUUUGACUAAAACUGAGGGCCUAAGCAUUCUCUUGCACCAUUUUAAAGACGUAGCAGCUGAGACACUAAAGGACUUGUAUGAGAAAUGCCAACAAGACCUGGAGUGGACUACAAACCUUUUACUGGAUUCAGGAGAGCACAUGAGUCGUGAUGAAGAGGAGGCUGACACAUCUGGACAUGAGGAGGAAAUUGACCAACUGACAGAGGAAGUUCAGGCUGUAGAAGCUAGCGGCGUGGAAGAGAUCAGGCCAGAUGAGAGAGGCAAAACGAAUAACAGUGAAGGAGAAGACAAUGAAACGGUUGGUAUCAGAGUCACAGAAAGCAUCCAGUCAGAUGCUGGUAGUAAUGGUGAUCCCCCUGUUGUCAAGGAGAGCAAGUCUGACAAAGCUUGUGAGGGAACACUUCAAAAAUUAGAGGAACAGGAUGACCACCUACCACUCAAAAUGCCUGAAAUCCAACCACAGUCUGACAGCCACCCAGAGCAGACUGCACAGGAAUCAAUGCCCCAAGUAGCAGGGGCAGGUCCAUCCCAAGACGCUCUAAAACAUCAAAUGAUUACAGAGAGCCAUGGUAAUGUGACUGAAUACACUGGUGUUGGAGCAUGCUUUCUCCCGGAUACUGACUCAGAGUUCUCCGAGUUGACAGCUGAACACCAGGGUGAUGAAGAGGAAUACCUCAAGGAAAGACCAGAUGAUGCAGAUGAUGUUACUCAAGCCAUACAAGCCCACCUGGAGGAGUUGGUUAGAAGACAAGAGGAAGAUAAGUUAAGAGGGAGGCGGGAGAAAGAGAUGGAGAGGCUAGAGGAAAAAACAAAGGGCUCUAAGCCAAUAGAUAUUAAGAGUCUGGAACUCAAAUUACCCACCGAGCUGGCAUUACAACUUACUGAGCUCUUUGGACCAGUUGGCAUUACCCCAGGUCAGUUUUCAGAUGAUUGCUCUGUUAUGAUGGACUUGACAUUUGCCAAACUUCUACAUCAAAAAUGGAAAGAAACUGUCCAGGAGAAGCAGAGGCAAGCUGUCCUAUCUUACCACCUACUGCAAGAAAGCUCUGUUCACUGGGGUGAACUGCAGACUGGUAUUUCAAGGUCACAUGACCAGAACAAACCUCACUUUUUGAUUGGUGCUGAUGGCUAUGCAUCGCUUGGGGGCCAGCUGUGUAACACUGAAGACAAUCCUAGUGUAGACUACAGGAAGCUUGGCCAGCCGUUUGUGUCUCUGAGGGAUAUAAUGUCUGAAGAACAGGCACUACAAGAUAUAGAAAAGACCCGGCUAAGUCUUUGGGAUCCAGAGCUGAAAGAUGGGGCUGCUAAGCUGAGAGAGAAAAGACUCUUCUCUCUUUUCCCGACCAUCGACAGGUUCUUCCUGAAAGACAUCUUUAGAGACCACAAUUACAGUCUGGAGCAAACACAGACGUUUUUGCACUGCAUUCUGGACAUGGGGCCUGUCAAAACUGUUGUUGCAACAGACUCAAGCCCCCAUCACAGCCCCAGUCACACUCCAAGAACACCCAGCAAGGAGAGGGCUCCGAUAAAAGAGCAGAUGUUCCAGGACACUGAAGAUCCUGAGUAUCAAGACUUCCGGGCAGAAGCCAACCUGCAGAGGUUCAAACAGCAGGAAUGCUUCAGCAAAGCAGCUGAGGCAUAUCGGCGUGGCAAGAGGCAGGUGGCCAGCUUCUACGCUCAACAGGGUCAUUUACAUGGACAGAAGAUGCGAGAUGCAAAUCAUCGUGCUGCUCUGUGCAUCUUUGAGCGUGUGAAUGCCUCACUUCUCCCACAGAAUGUUCUAGAUCUCCAUGGCUUGCAUGUCAACGAGGCCCUAGAACACCUCCAACGAAUACUUAAAGAGAAAAACACAGAAUAUAAGCAAGGUAUGUGUAAAGCUCAGCUGUCAGUCAUCACAGGAAGAGGAAACCACAGUCAAGGGGGACAGGCCAGAAUUAGGCCAGCUGUCAUUGAAUGCCUCCGAAGCAAGCACUAUGAGUUUACUGAGCCAAAUGUUGGUUUGGUUCUCGUGUCCCUGCAGAAGGACCCAAAGUCAUGAAUGGCUUGUGGUGAGAAGAACCCCAUCCACCCUGACCGCCCUCCUCUACUCUGACCUAUCGUGCCUCUACUCGAAAAAUGUGUGAUGUUUCAACUGCUCUUACCUCCUAUUUCGUUAUGACUGCUGGUCAACAGUCAUUGUUUUACCAAAAACAGAUCUGUGACAGAAGCUAUACUGUUUGGUUAUGGUUUACUUGGGGUAAUGAAAUGUUUUUAUUCUUUCCGUCUAUAGUUUUUGUGAUCAUAAACUGCAUCUGGUUGUGUUCUAUGAUUUUGAAAAAUGGAACUCUGGUGACAUUGUCACUUUUACAAAUAAUCAUGUUGUGUACAAAGUUUUAUUAAUCCAUUCCAGCUAAUGGUGAUUGUCUCAGGGUAAACGUUCAACUUUUUUCAUACAAUGAAAUGGGUGCAGUGUUUGAUUGAGGUUUUACUGUAUUUUCUAAUCUAUCUUUUUAAACCUCAUGAUGAAUUUAUUGAUAUGAGCUUUAAUUAAAUCUUCUGUGUAAUUGUACAUUUUCCCUCUUCUGAUUUUAUACAAAUGCAAUCAUGUAAGAAGAAAUUCCUUCAUUUUGAAGAACAUGUUUUGGAAAAUUCUAAUAUUUUGUACAAACAGUGUUUGGAUAUAUUUUAUUAAAAUAAGGAAACAUUA